CAAAAUCUCACAACAGAAUGAUCAUUUAAGCACGUUUUCUCAUCUAACCGAGCUGAAGUGAGCUCCCGUCUCAUAUAAAACAUCGCCUUCCCCGAGCUUGCCGGCUUCCUUCUAUGCUUCGGAUUGUGACAGAUCGUGUUCAAAUUUAACGUCGAUAAUCAUGGGAGACGCUCCAACUCCCGAAAGGGAGUAUAUACUCAUUGCCCUUCCAUUUCCACUUGACGAAAAGAUGGAGGGUAUUUUAAGUGAGAUCAAGAAGAAACAUUCCCAAGUUAAGAUCGACUAUCGUUUCAUCACUUUCUUCCAAGGUUGGCGGAUGGGCGACAGCAGCAUCCCUGAAGAAAUAUGGGGAAAGGCCACGAUUCUCGUGACAUUCCAGAUCUUGCCUCCAAAUCUCGAUAUCAUCAAGAACUUGAAGUUAAUUCAUCUUGGAAGCGCGGGAGCCAAUCACCUCGCCGAAUCACCAAUAUGGAAAGAUACAGACAUCCCUAUCACUAACUCAUCAGGAGUUCAUGGACCUCAAAUCGCAGAAUGGGUCAUCAUGCAAAUCCUCACCAACUCUCACAAAGAGAAACUGAUGGUUGAGUGGCAAAAGCAGCAUAAAUGGGGGCCGCAUACCGAAGUUGGAUUCGUGAGAGAUUCCGUGGGGCAACGGCUCGGAGUCCUUGGAUAUGGCGCAAUUGGGCGUCAAACUGCACGUAUCUGCAAAGCUAUGGGAAUGGAUGUGAUUGCUUACACAGCAUCUCCACGCAAAACACCCGAGAGCAAGAAAGACUCUGGAUAUAUCGUUCCCGGCACGGGAGAUGAGGAUGGCUUGAUCCCUUCGGAAUGGUACUCUGGACUCGACAAACCCUCACUGCACAAUUUCUUGAAGCAAGAUAUCGAUGUCCUACUUAUCUCCGUUCCGCUAACCGAGCAAACGAAGCAUAUGCUCGGAGCGGAAGAGUUUGCCAUCUUAGGCAAAACCAAUGCAUUCAUCGUCAACAUUGCACGAGGAGCAGUUCUGGUCCAGGAUGAUUUAAUCAAGGCUCUUAAGAAGACACCAGAAGAAGGCGGACUGAGAGGUGCUGCGUUGGACGUAACGGAUCCCGAGCCUUUGCCUGAGGACAAUGAGUUGUGGGAUCUUAAAAAUGUAGCUGUCACGCCACACGUGAGUGGACUGGGGACUAUGUAUGCGAACAGGACAUUCGAGAUUCUGGAGAGGAAUUUGACGCAUAUUGAGAAAGGGGAGAAGUUGAUCAAUGAGGUGGACAAGAAGAAGGGAUAUUAGAUCGAUCAUAGAUGAUGAAAUUGGCGCGGAGGUUAAAAAUAGAUUUGAAAAUUCUGAUGUCUACAGAGAUAUACAUAAUUGAACCAU